AUGAAUAUCCCAGAGUGGGAAAAAUCACUAACGGAAGCAAACAUAAAAAACGAAUACCAAGACGUACUCGAUGGCUUCAGGUAUGGUUUUGACCAAGGAAUUCCGCAUCACUCGGUCGGCAACCUCAAGUGGUUAACACCUGACAACCACGCAUCCGCCAACCAAACAAAAGAAAAAAUAGAGAAAAACAUAGAAAAAGAGAUAAACGCGGGGAGGAUGUUUGGCCCUUUCUCACACGCACAGGUUGCGACAAUAUUUCCAUUCUUCAGGUCAAGCCCGAUGGGAGCAGUGGUAAACGGCGACGGGUCAGUUAGACCGAUAAACGACUUAAGCUACCCAAAGAACCGCAGAGACCAACCGUCGGUAAACUCCUUCGUCAACAAAAACGACUUCACCACGACCUGGGACGACUUCAACAAAGUCUCACGGUUUUUUAGGAACUUAGACGAACCAGCACAUCUGACCCUAUUCGACUGGGAGAAGGCGUACCGACAGAUCCCGACAGCAAUGGACCAGUGGCAAUACCUCAUGGUCCAGGACUUCAACGGGGACUUACUCCUAGACACCCGGAUAACCUUCGGAGGGGUUGCUGGCUGCGGCUCCUUUGGGCGACCAGCUGAUGCGUGGAAAGACAUUAUGUUACAUUACUUCGACCUAAUCACAGUUUUCAGAUGGGUCGACGACAACUUAUUCGUCAAGAGCGUCGACUGCCAGACGAACAUGGACGAGAUAGUCAAAAAAUCAACCGACUUAGGUGUAUUGACAAACACCACAAAGAACUCUCCUUUCCAGGAGGAACAGAAAUUUAUCGGUUUCAUUUGGAACGGAGUAGACAAGACAGUACGUCUACCGAAAGAAAAAAUACUAAAACGAAUUUCUCAGGUCGAAGAAUUCCUGAAAGUCGGACGAAUGGUAACGUACACAGACAUCGAGAUACUCGUAGGCCGACUAAACCACGUGACGUACAUACUACCUCAGCUCAGAUGCUACUUGUGCGCACUGUAUGCGAUGCUGUGUGGGUGGGUAUUUCGAGAACGCCUUAGACCCCUAUCACCAGAAGCUAUCCAGGACCUGUCUAUUUGGAAGGAAACCCUGGGAAGUUUUGACAGAAGCAGACUAAUUAGGAGUCGAGGCGCCACAGAAAUCGGCUGGGUAGGCGAUGCCAGCACAAAUUUUGGUAUUGGAAUCAUCAUCGGCUCAUCCUGGGCUCAGUUUCAACUCAAGAAAGGAUGGCGAAAGGUAAGCCAAUCCACUCGCGGUAUAGCUUGGUUAGAAACGGUGGCGGUGCGAUUGGGAUUAAUAAUGUUAGAGAAGAUUGGUCUUCAGAGAGGUAAAACUUUCAUUGUAUGGACGGAUAACACAACGUCAGAAGGAGUGAUAAAAAACAGGAAAUCCUACGACCCAUCAGUCAACUCAGAAUGGAAAGUAAUUCAAAACUUUCUCAUAGAAAACGACAUCGACAUUGUUGCAAAAAGAGUCCCAUCGGCUUAUAACAAAGCAGACAAAUUGUCCAGAGGAAUAAGAUCAGACAGAUUAGCCUACGACGAGGUGGACGUAGAAGUACCCCUAGACUUGAACGGCUCCUUGUUUCAGGUUUUCGGACUCGAACUAUAG